AGUGGCAAGUCAAGUAGCUGUGUUUAUUCUGUAAUUCUCAGACAGCCAGACUGUCUUGGGCAAAUCUUAUUAAAACAGGCUUUAUCUAGGAUUUUAUCUAAGGAAUCCCAAGAAGACUGGAGAAUGGAGAGACGACAAAGGUUUAUGUCAGAGAAGGAUGAGUAUCACUUUCAGCAUCAGGGAGCGGUGGAGCUGCUGGUCUUUAAUUUCUUGCUCAUCCUUACCAUUCUGACAAUCUGGUUAUUUAAGAAUCAUCGAUUCCGCUUCUUGCAUGAAACUGGAGGAGCGAUGGUGUACGCCUACAUGGAGUACCCUUUCUUCCUGACUCCAAGGGAGUUUGUGGACUUGGAAAAAGUGCAGAUGACAUUUGACCCAGAAAUCUUCUUCAAUGUUUUACUGCCACCAAUUAUAUUUCAUGCAGGAUAUAGUCUAAAGAAGAGACACUUUUUUCAAAACUUAGGAUCUAUUUUAACAUAUGCCUUCUUGGGAACUGCCAUCUCCUGUAUCGUCAUCGGGUUAAUUGUGUAUGGUUUUGUCAAGGCUAUGAUACAUGCUGGCCAGCUGAAAACAGGAGACUUUCAUUUCACUGACUGCUUAUUUUUUGGGUCACUGAUGUCAGCUACGGAUCCAGUGACAGUGCUGGCCAUUUUCCAUGAAUUGCACGUUGACCCUGACCUGUACACACUCUUGUUUGGGGAGAGUGUGUUGAACGAUGCAGUGGCCAUAGUCCUCACAUAUUCCAUAUCCAUGUACAGUCCCAAGGAGAAUCCAAAUGCAUUUGACACUGCAGCUUUCUUCCAGUGUGUGGGGAAUUUCCUGGGGAUCUUCACCGGCUCCUUUGCAAUGGGGUCUGCAUAUGCUGUUGUCACAGCACUCCUGACCAAGUUCACCAAGCUGUGUGAGUUCCCGAUGUUGGAAACGGGCUUGUUUUUCCUUCUUUCUUGGAGUGCCUUCUUGUCUGCUGAGGCUGCAGGCCUAACAGGGAUAGUUGCUGUUCUCUUCUGUGGAGUCACACAGGCACAUUAUACCUACAACAAUCUGUCAUCGGAUUCGAAGAUGAGAACAAAACAGUUAUUUGAAUUUAUGAACUUUCUGGCUGAGAAUGUCAUCUUCUGCUACAUGGGCCUGGCGCUGUUCACCUUCCAGAAUCAUAUUUUUAAUGCUCUUUUUAUACUUGGAGCCUUUCUAGCAAUCUUUGUUGCCAGAGCCUGCAAUAUAUACCCCCUCUCCUUCCUCCUGAAUCUGGGACGAAAACAGAGGAUCCCCUGGAACUUUCAGCACAUGAUGAUGUUCUCAGGUUUGAGGGGAGCGAUCGCAUUUGCCUUAGCCAUCCGGAACACAGAGUCUCAGCCCAAACAGAUGAUGUUUACCACCACGUUGCUCCUCGUGUUCUUCACCGUCUGGGUGUUCGGAGGAGGAACGACCCCUAUGCUCACUUGGCUUCAGAUCAGAGUUGGUGUGGACCUGGAGGAAACUCUGAAGGAGGGGCCCGCCUCACACCAGGAAGCAAGUAACUUGGACAAAAGCACGACAAAAGCAGAGAGUGCUUGGCUCUUCAGGAUGUGGUAUGGCUUUGACCACAAAUAUCUGAAACCAAUUUUAACCCACUCUGGUCCUCCGCUGACCACAACACUACCAGAGUGGUGUGGCCCGAUUUCCAGGCUGCUGACCAGUCCUCAGGCCUACGGGGAACAAUUAAAAGAGGAGGAUGUGGACUGCAUUGUAAACCAGGAUGAACUAGCCAUGACUUAUCAGGAACAAACCUCCUCCCCCUGCAGUCCUCCGCCAGAGCCAGAUCCAGACCAGAAAGCUUCACCCCAGACUCCAAGCAAGGAAAACAUCUAUGAGGGAGACCUGGGCCUAGGCGGCUAUGAACUCAAACUGGAGCAGCCUCUGGGGCAAUCCCAGAUGAAGUAAUUGGCAUGAAGAGUGCAGAUGCAAUCACAAGCAAGGCAAGGCUCAUUGAGGACCACAAGCCAAGAUGAUGAGACUGUGUAGGGGAGAGGCUGGAAAAUGUAUUGCGAGCAUAAAUUGGAGAUAAUCAAAACCUUGUUUGGUGCCUGCAGAAAUGAGAAUUUAUUAUCAGUGCUCUAUAUUAUGCAACUGAAUUUAAUUGUUUACCAGCAGCCAGUUUUACUACUGGAGUGGGUGGAGUGGGGAGAGGGGGAGUCAGGACCCAAAUGUACUGGGCCUCAGGGGCAUAUCUCUUCCAUGGACAGUGCUCCGGACCCUCCACUCAGAUUUUAUUCUCUUCCUUAAGGAGGGUUUAAAAAUAAAAAGAGCUUUUAAGCAUAAGCAUGUUUGGCCUAAAUUGAAGGGAAUGUCCCGUUAUUUAGUAAAUGAUAAGUUUUGUAUUUCUAGACCUUGACUCCCUCUUGUUCUCAGUGCCCUGUGUACAGACCCAGGGGAGCUUUCAGGGCCCACUUCUACUGGCCUUACAGGACCACACAGAGUCGACAACCUGCUGUUGCACACUGCCUCUGCCCUUGGUAGAAGGGAUCGUGCACAGCAGGGCGCGCCUACGCUAAAUGCAGUGCCGUCCUCUGACUGCAAGGAGUCCUUGCAGGGAAAGCUGAUUUCUUGUCUAAUACACUGCUUUUGCUGCAAAAUGAGCCUCCUUGCUUGCUCACUUCCACUUCUGGGCUCUGCAGUGAAGCCCCUGUCUGUGCUGGAUAAUAAUGUUUCGCAGCACAGUUGCUCUCCACGUGGCAGGAGACUGCAGAAACCCAGCCUGUCCCCCAAUUCAGCACUCACAGCUGGUCAGCAGCACUGAAUGGGUCAAGCUAAGGAACCAGGGACAGCAUCACAACUGCCUUUUGAAAGGCAAGGCUCAUGGCCCACAUUGGAGAGAUCAACACAACAAUUCUGCUUUCAAUUCUGCUGCAUGAUCUGUGCCUUUGAAGCCGGAAGAUACCUCAAGCAUAGCUUCUCUUGAAACACAGAUGUUAGUAGUACACUCCAGGCUGGGUGUGGUUGUGCAUGCCUGUAAUCCCAGGCCUCAGGAGACUGAGGCAGGAGUAUUGCCACAAU